AUGGUACGUUCACGCCGAUGCUUCGACUUUCGCGUCAGAUUUGACGAAACAGGAGGCAUAUGCGCAGGUAUUAGAACAGGCCGAGGCGCUGUUCGAGGGACAGAGGAACUGGGUAUCUUCCCAUCCAUUUUUGCAUCCGCCCAUCUAUCCAUCUUGAUCUUGGCCAGAGGCAAUCACAUCACUAAUGCAUGUCAGGUCUGCAACCUCGCAAACGCAGCUUCGCUGCUAUGGCACGCCUACAAAUCCCUGGGGAUGCCCUCGUCGGAGGUCAACUGGGCCGGUUUCUACGUCCUGGACCCUGGAUCCCCGCCUGCGCACCCGCGACUCGUUCUCGGUCCGUUCCAUGGCAAGGUGGCGUGUCAGCUGAUCCCCUUUGGGAAGGGCGUGUGCGGUGCGGCUGCCAGUACGAGGACGACGCUGGUGGUCGACGAUGUGGAACAGUUCCCCGGCCAUAUCGCUUGUGAUGGAGCCUCGAAGAGCGAGAUCGUGGUGCCGAUUUUGAAGGACGGCAAGCUGGUGGCGAUCAUUGACGUUGAUUGUGCGGUAGAGAGCGCUUUUGAGGAAGUCGACAAGCUGUGGCUGGAGAAACUGGCACGUCUACUAGGCGAUGCAUGCGAAUGGUAG